GGUUUUCACACCAUACAAUGUGGAGGAUAAACAUUGGGUGUUGGUGGAAAUAGACCUUCGCCGUAAAUGCGUAAGAGUGUAUGACUCCUUGAAAAGUGGAAGGACCGUAUCAUGCAUUUCAAAAUUCAUGCAACGCCUCCCCCACCUACUACGGGUAAUAACAUGGAAAAGAGAAGGGGACAUGGGAGACGACCUCCACCCGUGGCAAGCUGUUGCCGUCGAUGCUGUCCCUCAACAACGGGGAGGUGGAGAUUGUGGAAUUAUGGUGUUGAGUUUUGCACAACACCUCAUGUUGGACAUCCCAUUCAUACCUGGGUGUGAGUACGCCAAUAUGCCGAAUAAGAGACGUGAAUUUGCUAAAGGACUAUGGAAAUUGAAAGAAGACCAAGCAUAAGACGCGACGAUGAACAAUUAUGUUCAAUGACGUAUAUAUUUUUUGUAUAUGUAAUUAUUAGAAAUACAUUGGGGGUUACAUGUAGUAUUUUGUACAAUAA